AUGAGCGAUCUUCCCGACGGCUACAUUGCCUACGGCGCUGAUGCCAACUGCACGCUCGCCGUCUGCCCUGUCGAGUGGAGCAUCCUGCAGUACCAGCCGUCCAUCCCGGCGAGCGCCGUCUUCAUCGCUCUCUUCGCCAUCGCCCUCGUCAUUCACGCCGUCGAAGGCAUUCGCUGGCGCCACACCCUCGGCGGUUUUGCCAUUCCCAUGAUUCUCGGCUGCAUCGACGAAAUCAUUGGCUACAGUGGCCGUAUUAUCAUGCAUGGCAACCCGUUUUCGUUCAAUGGCUUCCUCAUCCAGAUCAUCUGCAUCACCACGGCUCCCGUCUUCAUCUGUGCCGCCAUCUACGUGACUCUGUCCCGAACGAUCGACUUCCUCGACCGUUCGCUCGCCCGCUUCAACCCCAAGUUCUUCAUCUGGUUCUUUAUUCCCUGCGACGUCAUCUCGCUCAUCUUCCAGGCUGCCGGCGGCGCCCUCAGCUCCACCUCGUCCGGCGGCGACCGUCUCGGCGUCAACAUGUCGCUCUUCGGUCUCUCCUUCCAGGUCUUCACCCUCGUCAUCUUUAUUUUUUUCUCCGCCGACUACCUCGUCCGCUACUACCGCCGCAACAGCGGCCUCAGCACCCACCUCGCCAACCCCGGCCGCUUCCGGCUCUUCAUGGGCGGACUCUGGGCCGCCAUCCUUUUCAUCCUCGUGCGGUGCAUCUACCGCAUUGAUGAGCUCAGCGAGGGCUACAGCGGCACCCUCUUCCACAACGAAUCCGUCUUCUACGGCCUGGAGAGUGUCAUGAUUGUCCUCGCCGUCUUCUCUCUGGUCAUCGGCCAGCCUGGCUUUGGCCUGCAGGGCGGUCAGCCAAAGGACUACAGUGUCUCGGGCACCGAGAUGAACAGCGUCAUCGACAGGCGGUCUGUCUAA